ACAACAAACAGACCCAAUUUCUUUAAGUUUCCUAAUUAAAACACUUCAGAAAGAAGAAUUAAGAUGCUAAGACAUCUCUUACAAAUGCUACAACUGCUUGGAACCUCGGACUUGUUGCAACCGGUUUCCUUCGCGCUUGUGGCCAUUUUCCUAAUCCUCCUAUACAAAUGGUCCUCUGCCAGUGCAACCACCGCCAACAACUCCUUACCGCCAUCUCCACCAAAGUUCCCCAUCAUUGGAAACUUUCACCAAUUAGGCUUGCACCCACAUCGCUCACUUCUAGCCUUAUCUAAAAGCCAUGGCCCUCUUAUGCUUCUCCACUUCGGAAGUGUCCCAGUCCUUGUUGUCUCUUCGGCCGAGGCUGCCCGUGAGAUCAUGAAAACCCAUGAAAUCGCAUUUUCCGACCGACCCAAGUCCACCAUCUAUGAGAAGCUUGCCUACAACUACAAAGACAUCGCAACAGCCCCUUAUGGUGAGUACUGGAGGCAGAUGAAAAGUAUAUGUGUUUUAAAUCUUUUGAGCAACAAAAGGGUUCGCUCUUUUCGUGCUGUGAGAGAAGAGGAAACCCAGCUCAUGAUCAACAAAAUAAAGGACUCUUGUUCUAUAUUAUCCUCUUCCUCCUCAUCAUCAUCAGUUCUGAAUUUAAGCGAAAUGUUUGUGACGCUUACCAACGAUGUGAUAUGUAGAGUGGCUCUAGGGAGGAAGUACAGUGGUGAAGAAGGUGGGAAGAUGUCUAAGGAGAUUAUGAAGGAGUUCGUGGAGUUAUUGGGAACUAUGGAUAUCGGGGACUAUAUCCCAUGGCUUUCUUGGUUGACCCGUGUCAAUGGUUUGCAUGCCAAGAUAGACAAGGUUGCUAAGCAAUUUGACGACUUUCUAGAGAGUGUGGUUCAAGAGCAUAGCGAUCAGACGUCCAAAAGUGGAAAUGAUGAACAAGUUCAUGUUGAGAACGAGGAACAAAAGGAUUUCGUGGAUAUUUUGCUUGGGAUUCAGGAAGGAAGCUUGGCUGGUUUUUCUCUUGAUAGAGUUGGCAUAAAGGCUCUCAUCUUAGAUAUGUUUAUUGCAGGCACUCAUACCACAUAUGCAGUGCUAGAGUGGGCAAUGACUGAGCUUUUGAGGCAUCCGAGGAUCAUGAGCAAAUUGCAGAAUGAGGUACGGGGAAUAGUCGGAAACAUAACAGACAUAAUUACAGAGGAUGAUUUGGUAGGCAUGCACUACUUGAAGGCAGUGAUCAAGGAGACUCUUCGCUUACAUACUCCAGCUCCAUUACUAGUUCCCAGGGUGUCGACACAAGAUGUGAAAAUAAAUGAUUACGACAUUAAGGCCAAGACACUUGUUAUGAUCAACGCGUGGGGAAUCGGAAGAGAUCCUGAAACGUAUGAAAACCCAGAGGAGUACGAGCCAGAAAGGUUCUUGAAUAACGGUCUAGACUAUAAAGGGAAUGACUUCCAGUUCAUUCCAUUUGGAGCUGGCAGGAGGAUCUGCCCGGGAAUUCAGUUUGCAAUAUCUAUCGAUGAGAUUGUUCUGGCGAAUAUCGUGCACAAGUUCAACUGGGCAUUGCCCGGUGGAGCAAGUGGCGAGGGUUUUGACAUGACUGAAUCAAGUGGCACAACUGUAAUCCUAAAGUAUCCUCUCAAAGCUGUUGCUCUUCCAUAUUUAGGUUGAAAGAUAGAGGCUACAUUGUCUAUGUACGCGUAUAGGCCUUUGUAUUUUAUGUCUAACCUAAGGCUCUAAGACUUCUACCGUCACCUAUUAUGUUCGCUUUGUCUGUCGCUAUUGCCAAAAUAACGUAGCACAUGCAGUGCCAAAGUCUUGUGUGUGCUUUCACCCAAAAAAAAA